CGUGUCCCGGCCCCGCGGCGGGAGCUGUGUGCGGGCGGGCGGGCGGGGGGUUCGCCCCGCUCCGCUCAGCUCCCUUGGCUCCGUUCCGUUCCGCUCCGUGCUCGCCGGGGCCCUCGGGGCCGCCCAGGCCGUGCCGCGCUCGGGACAUGCGGCAGCCCCCGCCGGCGAGGAGGCGAUGAGGCUCCGCAGCGGCACGGCGCUCACGCUGCUGCUCGGCUGUCUGUGCGCCCUGCUCUCGCUCUCCUGGUACGGAGCCUUCGGCGGGCACAAAGGUGACGUUGUGGACAUCUACCAGAGGGAGUUUCUUGCCCUCCGGGACCGACUGCACGCAGCCGAGCAGGAGAGCCUGAAGCGCUCGAAGGAGCUCAACCUGGUCCUGGAGGAGAUCAAGAGAGCAAUCUCGGAGAAGCAGGCCCUGAGGGAUAUAAACCGGACCUGGAGCAGCUUAUCUGACGAGACCAAGUUAAAACUGUGGAAUAUCACCAACAAGAAUGUGCUGCACCUCCCCACCAUCUUCCAUCAUUUGCCACAUUUGCUGUCAAAGGAGAACAGUCUGCAGCCAGCCGUGCAUGUGGGACAGGGGCGCACUGGAGUGUCCGUUGUGAUGGGAAUCCCCAGCGUGAAGCGGGAGGUGCAUUCCUACCUCACUGAUACCCUCAACUCCCUCAUCUCUGAGCUGACUCAGCAGGAGAAGGAAGAUUCUGUCAUCGUUGUCCUCAUUGCUGAGACGGAUCCACAGUACACAGCCGGAGUGGCAGACAGUAUAAAAAACUUAUUCCCCAAGGAAAUACACUCGGGUCUCCUAGAGGUAAUUUCCCCAUCUCCACAUUUCUAUCCUGAUUUCUCCCACCUGCGGGAAUCCUUUGGGGACCCCAAGGAAAGAGUCAGGUGGAGGACAAAGCAGAACCUUGACUACUGCUUCUUAAUGAUGUACGCCCAGUCCAAAGGCAUCUAUUAUGUGCAGCUGGAGGAUGAUAUUGUGGCCAAACCAAACUAUCUCAGCACGAUGAAGAACUUUGCCUUGCAACAGCCCUCUGAGGAGUGGAUGAUCCUGGAGUUUUCUCAGCUUGGGUUUAUCGGAAAAAUGUUCAAGUCUCUGGAUCUGAGCUUGAUCGUGGAGUUCAUCCUGAUGUUCUAUAAGGACAAACCCAUCGACUGGCUGCUGGAUCACAUCCUUUGGGUGAAAGUCUGCAACCCUGAGAAAGAUGCAAAGCACUGUGACAGGCAGAAGGCAAACCUGAGGAUCCGCUUCAAGCCCUCGCUCUUCCAGCAUGUGGGAACCCACUCCUCCUUGGCUGGGAAGAUACAGAAGCUGAAGGACAAGGAUUUUGGCAAGCAGGCCCUGAGGAAAGAGCAUGUCAAUCCUCCAGCAGAGGUGAGCACUAGCCUGAAAACCUACCAGCACUUCACCCUGGAGAAAGCUUACCUGCGGGAGGACUUCUUCUGGGCCUUCACUCCCACUGCUGGAGACUUCAUCAGAUUCAGAUUCUUCAAACCACUCCGCAUUGAAAGGUUCUUCUUCCGCAGUGGGAACAUUGAGCACCCAGAGGACAAACUCUUCAAUACGACUGUGGAGGUUUUGCCAUUUGAUAGCCUGCAGUCAGAUAAGGAAGCCUUGCAAGAGGGAAGGGGAACAGUCGUCAAAUACCGCCGGACACCGGAUGGCUACAUCCAGAUAGGCUCCUUCUCCAAGGGUGUUGCAGAGGGUGAGGUGGACCCAUCCUUCGGGCCUCUGGAGGCCAUCAGGCUGUCCAUCCAGACCGACUCCCCAGUGUGGAUCAUCCUCAGCGAGAUUUUUAUCAAAAAAGCAGAGUGACACAGACGCGAGGAAGCGUGGAUCCCCGGUCCUGCUCCCUCCUCCCCGCGGCGCCUCGCCCGGGCGCAGGGAGGGCACAGGCCCCAGGGGCUGAGAGGCCUUGGCACAGGGGCUGCCAGGCCGGCACCGCCAUGCCUGGCUGGUGCUGCGGGGCCAGGAGCUCAUCUUCUCUGGAAGAAGAGCAGAAAGCAAACCCAGCACCCACCCCGUGCAGAGGGACGGUUCUGCUGCCCUCGGGGGGGAUGUGGCUGCUGCGUGCAUCGCUCAGGCCACGGGGGACGGUUUGGGGUCGGGAUGAGCUUUAGCAAGCGUGGGGACAAAAAGCACCUUCAGCCCAGGAUGGGGCGAUGUCUGGCUGUAUCUGGGGACAAAGAUGGGGGGAUUUGGUCACCUUGAGUCCUGCCAGCCAACCCUGCGGAUGCACAAGGAUGGGAAGAUGGCCGGGGACCGAGGUCUGCAUUGCCUUCAGCCAGGCGGUGGUCCUGGCCACAGCUGAGGAUGGAGCGAGGGUGAGGAUGGACCCUGCUCCAGCUGCAGAGAGAUGAAUCUGAAGGGGUUGGAGCUAUGAGUAUGGCAGGGAAAGCAAAACAAUAAAAUAUGCCACACUGUGCCUGCCAGCAUCAAACACAGCCCCUUAACUCACGGUGAAGUCUCCAGUGUCUUCAUGCCUUGAGAUUGAGUGCAGAAAUCAUCUUUUUAAAUAACUAUUUCAGUUAUUAAUUGAUGUGACCUUUUUUUUGGGAGGUGGGGGGAGGGAAGGGGAAAGCAGAAGUAGCCCAGUUCAAAGAAAUAGUAGGGAUUAGUGUAAAUCCCAAUGUCUCUUCAGCUAUACACUGGAAUGCAUUAUACUACUUUAUGUGCUGUAUUUUUUAUUAUUGGAUACAUUUGAUUUUUCAAGUACAUCUCUCUAUAUAAAUAUAUAAAAUAAUGUGCACUGUAAUAAAAGCUAAAUUUAAA